CAGUGCAGCUGUGAUGAAGCAGAGGAGGAUGUGGGAACAGAGAGAUAACAGACAGUUGAGGGCCUUUUAACGACAAAAACAGACUUUUAGAAGUAGAACAGGAGUCAGACGGAACCGGUGAGAUGAUUUCAGCGGGAUUUGUGUCGUUUUUGUUGGUCAUUUCGUCGGUUGUAGCGGGAAAAGGCGGAGGAGACGAUGAUUGGGUUCAUCUUCCAAACAAAUGUGAAGUGUGUAAGUUUGUCAGCAUUGAGAUGAAGUCGGCGUUCGAUGAGACGGGGAAAACAAAGGAAGUCAUCGACAGAAACUACCGCUUCAUCGACAGCAAGGGGGCGCCACCCAUCAAAUACGUCAAAUCAGACCUGAGAUUCAUCGAGGUUGUAGAAAAUGUGUGUCAGAGGCUGCUGGAGUACAACCUGCACAAAGAGAGAAGUGGAAGCAACCGCUUCGCCAAGGGCAUGUCGGAGACGUUCUCCACCCUCCAUGGUUUAGUGAACAAAGGCGUGAACGUGGUCAUGGAUAUCCCCUACGAGCUGUGGAACGAGACUUCAGCUGAGGUCGCUGACCUAAAGAAACAGUGUGACGGGCUGGUGGAGCAGUAUGAGGAGGUGAUUGAGGACUGGUACAAAGGGAGCCAGGAGGAGGACCUGACCACAUACCUGUGUGAGAAACACGUUCUCAAAGGACAGGACACAGAAUGCCUGAAAGAGAACUACAUGAAGCAGAAGAAGGGCGACCAGGCCGCCAUCGCCGAGGACAAGAAGAAGAAGAAAAAGAAGAAGGGAGGAAAGAAGGGAAAGGGGAAGAGCGAGGAGGGAGAGGAGGGAGGAGACGGCAGCUCGGAGGGCGAGAAGACGACGAAGAAGAAGAAGAAGGAGACGAAGGCGAAGAAGAAGAAGAAGAGCAAAGCUCCGGUGGAGAAGGUGGACGGAGGAGGGGUGACGUCAGACGAGGAGAUCCAGCCUCAGGUGCCUCUGAAGACGGAGCUGUGAGUCCUGGAUCAUUUAUCUCCAGUGAAACUAAACUGUUAGUAGAAGAAUCUGCAGCUUUUUUAAAGGUAUUCAACUGUCUUCAAAACAAAAGUUCAAGACAGUGAAUUCAAUCAACAAGAUUUGGUACUGUUACACAGUUUUAAAGUCAAUUUUCAGUUUGUUGCAGUUGUUCAGAGUAAUUUUAUUUUGAAGAACUUUAAUUUAAUUUAACAGCUGUUUAUAUUUCCUGCCUUUUAUCAGGAGGUUUUUCAAAAUGUUCAAUACUUUCUCAACCAAUUUUCAAUGCAAAAUCAUACAACCUCAUUACUUUUAAGAUCUCCAUACAGAAUCAAAGCUUCAAUGAAAGUUCAUGAAACAGGGGCCUAGAAGAAGAAUGGAUCCAUCUGAAACUGCAGAAACUUAUCUAUGCUGUGGUGGCAAACAGGAAUCAAAUAAUGUUGGAUAUUAACUCUUACCAUAUCAACGUUUACAUUUAUCAAUCAGUCAUUUCUCAAGGUUAUCAACAAACUUUUACUGGAUAAAAAGAAUUUUCAACCGUUGUAUGGGACGUUAGCUUGCAUGCUAGCAAUAGCCAAUAAAUCUUCCCAUCUGGCCCCUAGAACUUCAUUAGAUUCAGAUGAUGUCAAGAGGAAAAUAUGUGGUGGUAACUCCAAAAACAUUUGAGAUUGAAACAGUUUCAUCAGGAAUGACUUAAUGUUUCAUCUAUUUUUCAGAAAUUCACCAGUCAGCUGUUACUAGCCAAUAUAAUGGAAGUUAAACAUAUUAUCAGUCCUUUCUUGAUAAAAACUGCCAUCAACUUUGGGCUUCUGGUGUUUUGGGAGUGCAGUUUUCCUUCUUAUCUCUUUUACAGUAUUUUUUUAGCAUCAAACCCAGUGAUGGGCGACAUGACAACUCCAGAAAUAUUCUUUGAAAAUAUCUCUAUCGCCCCCUGGUGGCUGGCUGUGGUGCAGGGACUGAGCACACUGUUGGAAGGAAAAUACAAAUAUUUAAACAAAAACAUGUUGAUUAGACCAUUUAACUCUUUAUCUACUGAGUCUAAAAAUGGCGAUUUGGACAUAUUUUGUUAUUAUGGCUGUAAAAUAGUCAGGAAAUGCCCUAAAUCUGAGAGCUUUGGUCCCUUUUCCCAGGGGUACUUGAACUUGACUUUUCAA